AUGUCGGACAAGAAGAACGACGACUAUCCCCUCCAGGACAUGGAGAACGGAGAUGUGGGAAAGGUCAGGGCCUACUCUCGCUCACCGUCGCCUCGAGCCAAGUCUGGCGGCUUUGACUUUUCCAAGAUCGACAACAGCCCGGGAGCAUCUGUUCUCGGUUACUGCUUGGCGUCCAUCUCCAUGACGGUCGUCAACAAAUACGUUGUUUCUGGCUCUUCAUGGAACAUGAACUUUCUCUACCUUGCUAUUCAAUCCAUUGUGUGUGUUGUUGCUAUUCAAGCCUGCAAGCAGGCUGGCCUAAUUACCAACCUUUCUCCAUUUGAUCCGGAGAAGGGAAAGAAAUGGUUCCCUGUUUCUGUUCUUUUGGUUGGCAUGAUUUAUACUGGUGCCAAGGCGCUUCAAUACAUCUCCGUGCCCGUGUAUACCAUCUUCAAGAACCUUACCAUCAUUGUCAUUGCUUACGGAGAGGUGCUCUGGUUUGGGGGCAGCGUUACCCCCACCAUUCUUCUCUCUUUUGGCCUGAUCAUCUUCAGCUCCAUGGUUGCUGCUUGGGCCGAUGCCGAUGCCGCGGGUCGUUCAUCAAAGGCAUCUCAAUCCUUUAGUACUCUGCAGAUUGGCUACACCUGGAUGGGUUUAAACGUCAUUUGCCAGGCUGCGUUUGUGCUGGGUAUGCGCAAGGUCAUCAAGAAGAUGGGCUUCAAGGACUGGGACACCAUGUUCUACAAUAACUUCUUGACUAUUCCUGUCCUGAUCAUUGGAUCUCUUCUGGUUGAGGACUGGUCUUCCGAAAACUUGGCACGAAACUUUCCCGAGGAAACGCGUACCAACCUCAUCCUCGGCAUGGUGUACUCGGGUCUGGGUGCCAUCUUCAUCUCCUACUCCUCCGCCUGGUGUAUUCGCGUUACCUCCUCUACGACUUACUCAAUGGUGGGAGCUCUGAACAAGCUUCCCAUUGCUGUCAGCGGUCUCAUUUUCUUCGAUGCACCUGUUACCUUUGGCAGUGUUUCUGCCAUCUUCAUUGGUUUCGUCAGCGGUCUCGUGUACGCUUGGGGCAAGAUCCGCCAGGGUGAAAAGGCCAAGAUGUCGCUGCCAGUGACUAAGCCCGUCAUGAGUGCCAGCUCUCAGAGCAACAACGACGCGUCAAGAGCGUAA